GUAAUGCGGAGAGGCGAUCCCGGCUGGAGCUAUAACGGAACACCGCUGGCUGUCUGUCUGUCUGUCUGUCUGUCUGCGGUUUUAUUAACACACACACAUAACACGAUGCACAUUGUGAGCGAGUAAGUGUGUGCGUGCGUUCAAUGAAGCUGAAGGAUGGAGCUGUGAAGGGCACGUGACGCUAAUGAUGCUGUUAUGUGAUGUAAGGAUCGCCCUGAUAUCUAUGUGGGUCAUCUGAAAAUGAAGCGAUAUCAGGUGGACUCGCUGACAAAUGCGAUAACUUGGAAGAUUUCUGUGUAAAUACGGAAUGAAGCGAAGCUGAUAUCUUCUUCAGGUUGGUUGAUUAAUACCCGGGACCCAGAUGGAGACCUUCCUAUUUUUCUUGAUGGCUGUCGUCAUGGCAUUGAAAGCCCAUAAGAUCCAAGUUUGUCCCAAGCGUUGCGUUUGUCAGGUGCUGUCCCCCAAUUUGGCCACGUUAUGUGAUAAAAAGGGUCUGCUUUUCGUCCCGCCCAACAUUGACAGACACACGAUGGAGCUCCGACUGGGGGACAAUUUCAUCACGAGUGUCAAGCGUAAGGAUUUCGCCAACAUGACUAAGCUGGUGGACCUGACACUCUCCAGGAACACGAUAGGCUCAGUUUCGCCUCAGGCCUUCAACGAGCUGGAGAAUCUACGCGCUCUUCACCUGGACAGCAACCGUCUGACGCACAUAACAAACGACACGUUCAGCGGCAUGUCCAAACUGCACCAUCUCAUUCUGAACAACAACCAGCUGACAGACAUCCACACCGGAGCGUUCGAUGACCUCCUGGCCCUGGAGGAACUCGAUCUGUCCUACAACAAUCUGGAGAGCGCCCCGUGGGUGGCCAUUCAACGGAUGAUCAGUCUGCACACGUUGAACCUGGACCACAACAUGAUCAACUAUAUCCCUGAAGGGACCUUCUCUGGACUUCAGAAGCUCAAGCGCUUGGACGUCACCUCGAACAAACUCCACAAACUUCCGCCUGACCCGGUGUUCCAGCGGGCGGGUGUUCUGGCCACGUCGGGUGCUUUGGGCCCAACGUCUUUUGCUCUGAGCUUCGGAGGGAAUCCUCUGCACUGCAACUGCGAGCUGCUUUGGCUUAGGAGAUUGAGACGAGAGGACGAUCUGGAGACAUGCGCAGCACCGCAGCAUCUCGCCGGCCGCUAUUUCUGGACGGUGUCCGAGGAGGAGUUCCUUUGUGAACCUCCACUCAUCACGCGACACUCGCAGGAAACACGGGCGCUGGAGGGCCAGCAGGUGUCCUUACGCUGCAAAGCCCGCGGCGACCCUGAUCCCGUCAUGCACUGGAUCGCCCCCGACGGUAGACUGGUGUCCAACUCCAGCCGCACGGCAGUCCACACCGAUGGCACCUUAGACAUUCUUAUCAGCACGGUGAAGGACUCCGGCUCGUUCACCUGCGUGGCGUCUAACCCGUCUGGAGAGGCACAGCAGACAGUGGAUCUACUCAUCACCAAACUACCACAUUUCACCAACAACACCAGUAUGGUCCGGGAGCCCGACCCGGGGUCGUCCGACAUCGCCACGUCUGCCAAAAGCGGCGGCGACGACGCCGGCUCUGCGAUUGCCACCAACAAAAGUGGACAGGACAAGCGGGUACUGAUCUCGGAAAUCACAGCCUCUGCCGCUCUGGUCAAGUUCAACUUUCAGCGCAAUAUUCCUGGGAUUCGGAUGUUCCAGGUCCAAUACAAUGGCACCUACGAUGACUCUCUCGUGUACAGGAUGAUUCCCCCUGCCAGUAAAAGCAUCACGGUCAACAAUCUGGCAGCAGGCACCAUGUACGAUCUUUGUGUUUUGGCCAUUUACGAUGAUGCCCUGACUAUGCUGACAGCCACGCGCGUGGUGGGAUGUGUUCACUUCGCCACAGAGGCGCAAUAUCUCCGCUGUCAUUUCAUGCAGUCUCAGUUCCUCGGCGGCACCAUCGUGGUCAUCAUUGGGGGCGUCAUCGUGGCUUCAGUUCUGGCCUUCAUCAUCUUCCUCAUUGUGCGUUACAGAGUGUGUAACCAGGAAGGUGUGGAGAAAGAAGUGGAGCUGGGAGACAUCCGUUCUCAGUCCAGAAGCGAGCAGCUGCAGGUUUGCAGCAUCAUCAAGUCCAUGUCAAAGCAGGUCCUAGGCCCGGAACGAGACGGGUUUCGAAAGGUGUCGCCGCAAACGGAAUCCGCCGCCAGAAUCUCCAAACCCGCCCUGCCCGACUGCACAGUCUCCACUUCUUCCGCCAGCCACAGCUGGCACCCGGCGUCCCCCAGUCCCCUGCGACCGACCCGAGUUCAGACCGACCCGCCCGUCAGCGUGGAGCUGGACAACAGCAACAAGAACAACUCGGCCAGGGUUCGUCCUCAAGCUGCUGGACGGGGCUACUCCACCAUGGUGACUCCAGGAACAAGAAGAGCUCGACUACAGAAUCUCCACAACUAUCAGACGGUUCCAGUGGGCUGCAUGAGGGCGAGCCGGCGGCACUCUCUGAACGUAGACUCCUGUAAACCGGCCACUUGUGUGACUUACCAGCAGUCGGGCAGCCUGCGAUCCAAACGCAGCUUAUCAAUGAGCGGAGGAGAUCUUCCACAGAUGGAGAGACACGGCGGGAGCUCUUCUCUCUCUCAGUCACAAUGGGUUCUAGAGAGCACAUUAUAAUGUUCUUGGUGUUAUACUAUCAGACUGUAAAGACCUUUGGUGUCCAGCUCGCUCGUGGCCACACUUGAACCGCAGAAGAUUGAGAAAGGACUGGAAGAAGCCAAUGUUUUCUAUAAGCACAAAUGAAAUACUGUUUCUUGAAUAUAGCACCACAGUACGAUGACUUGUAUAUUUCUUUGUUUUACUGAAUACCAACACAAACACUGCAUACAGACAUGUUCAAUUGUGUUAAAUAAACUGUGAAAACUC